AUGUCUCAGUUCAACAGGAAUCAAGAAAGCUCACAAGAGCCUGGUCGCCAACCGGCUUCUCCGUUGAUCACCUCAUUCAGCAACGGGGAGCCCUCUCGCUUGGUAUCACCUCUAUCAACUUAUUCUCCGAAUUCUUUUUUCCUCCAGAGAGAAAGGUCCAACAGUCCACCACAGUCAACCCGCGAAUUACUAAACGCUUUUCCCUCGCCUCGAAUUUCUUCGCCUGGUCAAGCUUUCCUAUCACCCUCUCAGCCCUCUUCAACUCUGAGGAACUAUCACAACGAAACGGCGCCUCUCAAUGUAGUCUCUGCGAGUCCUGCGGGGAGCUAUCUUAAUCGCUACUCACCGAUCUCUGUGGACAACCCACCUGCAACAUUUCCUCCCAACACCGGGCUUGGCAUGGCUGGUACGACGUAUGGGGAACCGGAUUUAUCCCCUUCUGAGCAGCAAGAAGACAUGCUCGAUUAUCUCCAGAGUCCUCAAGAAAACUCGCGAAAUUCUCACCGUUUCACAGCGCAAGAUAUCGACAAUUUUUACCAAUCUGGUCUUCAUUCGCCCGGUAGAAAUUCAGAAUAUUCUGGCCAGAGGGAUCGAAGCGAAUCUCAGGACUUUGAUCAUGUCAAGCGGCUUUCCAUGAUGCCGCCCCCGGAGCCAAUUGAGAUCCCAACGGCGGAAGAUGUUAGGUUCGGAAUCAAAGGUGCGAAAAGCGCUGGCUGGACUGAGGUUCGCCGUCAAAGUAUGCUCCGACAAACAUCCAACAACUCGAAUUCGUCGAACCAAGGUUGGAGACAAAGCUUCUUUGGGAAAUUCGGCAGCUCAGAUGAUGUGAGCAAGUACGCAGAGAUACCUGAACCUAUGGACAACGGCAGAAGCAAGGACACAUUGGAGGAGCUUCAGGACUUUCCUGCGAGGAAAGAAUCGUCGUUGUCUAUCAUGGUAGAACAGCCUAACCUUGCCAGAUCGCACGACACUACCUUUGUGAUGAAUGUGGAUCACGAUCUAGCUAAUCCAUCUGCGAGUUUCAUGCGACCUAUCAGUAUGGCUGGGGACCAAAAUCUCCAAAUGAUGCGCGGGGACAGGCUGGACCCGAACCCCACCGCCAUGCGUUUUUGUCCGCCUCUGAAUAACUCUGAAUCGUUAUCUUCUGUCCGUGGCAGUACGGCAAGCGUUCUCUCCGGAAAUGACUCUGGUCUUUACAAUAGAUUUGGUCACUCGAGAAUGACGGAGGAUCUUUCAAUCAGAGAUAAGGAAGAUGAGAAACGCCUAGGAUAUUUACCCCACAAUCUCGACGUGUUUGACUUUCGGGAAGCGGAGGUGGACGACGCCCUUCACGACCCAGGUCCCGUUCUGCCCCGGAAAGGCGUCGACCGCAUGAUCGUCGAAAGCAAAGCGGUCUCAGGCGAAACUGAUUGGUUAUCUGUUCGAGGCUGGCUGAACGCAAUCGGCCUGGGAAUACUAGCAAUCACCCUGGUGUCUUUGUUCGCUGGGUUUCCAAUCAUCGAUUAUUUCAUCAAACAUCCCAUCGGGACUCUUGGGGGCUUCAAUCUUGGGGGUAUCAACGCCACUGGACAGGUGCCGCAAAUACUUGGCUUCCGAGGGUUGAUUGAUGCUGAUACACCGCGAUCGGCUAGAACGAGGAAAGGCACGGAUGGAAAAGACUAUCAACUGGUUUUUUCAGAUGAAUUUAAUCAAGACAAUCGUACAUUUUGGCCGGGAGACGACCCAUAUUGGGAGGCAGUGGAUCUGCACUAUUGGGCUACUAAUAAUCUUGAAUGGUACGAUCCCGAUCAAAUCACAACUCGGAAUGGAUCGUUGGUGAUUUCUUUGGACAAAGUGGCCGAUCCAUCAAUGAAUCACAACCUCGACUUCAAAGGGGGCAUGCUGCAAAGCUGGAAUAAAUUUUGUUUCACAGGGGGCAUCAUAGAGGCUUCGAUAUCUUUGCCAGGAGACCCAAAGGCUGGUGGAUUUUGGCCUGCUUUUUGGACGAUGGGCAACUUGGGGCGAGCUGGCUACGGUGCAUCACUAGAUGGCACAUGGCCGUAUAGUUAUGACAGCUGCGAUAUAGGCACAUUGCCCAACCAAACUGAUCCUAAAACCGGAGGACCUAUUGCUGCUCAAACAAUGGGGGAUCCCUACCACGAUAAUGUCUUGAGUUACUUACCGGGUCAGCGUUUCAGUCGGUGCACAUGUCCAAAAGCAUCUGGAAAAAACUAUCACCCGGGCCCGAAGCAUCCUGAUGGUACUUGGGUGGGAAGAAGUGCACCUGAGAUCGAUAUUCUUGAAGCAAUUACCGAUCCAAAAACCAAGUUGGGACAAAUCUCGCAAUCUGUGCAGUUAGCUCCGUAUAACGCCAAUUAUCGUAUGAACAACCGCACCCAGGGAUAUGUGAAAGUAGCCGACAAUUCAUUCGAAACAGUCAUGAAUCCAUACACAGGAAACAUAUAUCAACAAGCCGCCUCUGGCCUUAGUAAUACCGACCAGACAUCAUACGAUGGUAAGGGAUACGCAAGCUACGGAUUUGAAUAUGCCACUUCAGAUUCAGCCAAUCCAUUCAUCACGUGGACCCAGAAGGAUCAGACCAUGUGGCAACUCACUCCCGGGGCGAUUGGACCAGAUCCACUAUCACAAAUUGGACCCAGGGUGAUUCCGAACGAGCCAAUGUACAUACUGCUCAACCUUGGGAUUUCGGCGACGUUUGGAGCGGUUGAUUUGAAAAAGCUAGGUCUUCCAGCGAAGAUGAGGGUAGACUGGGUUCGAGUUUAUCAGCCGGCGGGUACACCCAUUAACACAAAUUGUAGUCCAAGUAACUACCCGACCGCCCAGUACAUCCAAGACCAUCAAGCAGCUUAUAUGAAUCCCAACUUAACUACAUGGGUACAAUACCAGCAAGCCCACGGAGAUAACACUGGAAACGCUAAAACUGGCUUUCCUAAAAAUAAACUCCUUGAUACAUGUUGA